UUUCAAAAAAAUGUUUUGGCCCCGUCGAGGACAACUUCCUCUUUUCUGCUGUUUUAUUUUAAUUUUUUCUUAUUAUUUUUCGGAUGGACUUCGAAUGCAAAAGGAUUUGAUGAUUAUCAAAGAUAAUUUAGAAGAUUCUGUUACUACAGAAAUUGUUAACCAAUUUAAUGAUUUCAAUGAACCCAUCAAUGUUUGGGGAACACUACAACUUUUGGGAAUUGAUGCUAACAGUACUUGUCAACAAUGUUUGGAACAUGUUUUUGACGAAGCUUUUCGCUAUAACACAGAAAAAGAAAACCAAUAUUUUGGUUAUUGA